UCCAAAACAAUCAAUCCAUGGGACUGUAAAAAGCUUGAUCUGAAAUCACAUGGACUGUGAAGACCCGCCACACAAAAAAAUUAAUAGAGAGGAGAGAGAAGCUGGCGUACAGUCCGAAGAGAGCGAUGGCGGAGCUCCGAUACGCGAGCUCCAUGGGCAACCGAGCUGUGUCCUCUCCAAGGAAGCGAGACGAAAUCUCUUCCCCAUUGGUCCCUGAAACCCUCCCCCAAGACCAAGACGACGACGACGGUCGCGAUCGCCACUCCCGAGAUCGAGUCCACUCCUUCUUCCCCAAUUUCCAAUCUCUGUGCCCUUACUUUGGCGAUGACAGUAGGUUUCACCUUCACAAUUCCAAGAUCUCAAUAUUCUUGCUCCUCCUCGUCCUUCUCGCUGCAUUCAUUUCCAUUUUCUCAAUCCUCAAUCGUCUGAAUGCCCCAUACUUGUGCAGAAAAGAUGGCAUUGUUCUUCGCUGUCCUCAAGUUAAGGAGCCUCCCUCACACUGGGAGAAUCCUUAUUCGGCCACCACUUCAUGGAAGCCUUGUGCUGAGCGACGAAAUGGUCCAUUUUCAGAUCUUCCACCUGAGAAUGAAACAAAUGGAUAUAUAUUUAUACAUGCCGAGGGUGGUCUUAACCAGCAAAGAAUUGCUAUAUGCAAUGCUGUUGGCGUGGCCAAAAUAAUGAAUGCCACCCUUAUUUUGCCAGUGUUGAAGCAAGACCAGAUCUGGAAAGACCAAACGAAAUUUGAAGACAUAUUUGAUGUAGAUCAUUUCAUUGACUACUUGAAGGAUGAUGUGCGAAUUGUUCGUGAUAUUCCUGAGUGGUUUACUGAUAAAUCAGAGCUGUUCACAAGUAUAAGACGGACUGUAAAAAACAUUCCGAAGUAUGCUCCAGCACAAUUCUACAUCGACAAUGUUUUGCCUCGGGUCAAAGAGAAGAAGAUAAUGUCCCUAAAACCUUUUGUUGAUCGACUUGGGUAUGACAAUGUUCCUCCAGAAAUCAACAGGCUAAGGUGCAAGGUGAACUAUCAUGCCCUGAAAUUUCUUCCUGAGAUCGAACAAAUGGCUGAUCUAUUAGCGUCAAGAAUGAGAAACCGCACAGGAAGUUCAAAUUCAAAUCCUUACAUGGCUCUUCAUCUUAGAUUUGAAAAAGGGAUGGUAGGCCUAUCAUUCUGUGAUUUUGUGGGGACGAGGGAUGAAAAAGCUCUAAUGGCAUUAUAUAGACAGAAAGAAUGGCCUCGACGGUAUAAGAAUGGUUCCCAUCUGUGGCCACUGGCUCUUCAGAAGCGGAAGGAAGGACGAUGCCCUCUUGAGCCUGGAGAAGUGGCAGUAAUUCUUAGGGCGAUGGGCUAUCUGAAAGAAACACAAAUCUAUGUUGCUUCUGGGCAGGUUUAUGGCGGACAGAACCGCAUGGCACCACUCAGGAACAUGUUCCCGAAUCUUGUGACAAAGGAGGAAUUGGCAAGCAAGGAGGAGCUGGAUAGUUUCAGGAAACACGUUACAAGCUUGGCAGCCCUCGACUUUUUGGUUUGCUUGAAAUCUGAUGUGUUUGUGAUGACCCAUGGUGGCAACUUUGCGAAGCUGAUCAUUGGGGCCCGUAGGUACAUGGGUCACCGGCUUAAGUCCAUAAAACCGGACAAGGGACUCAUGUCCAAAUCUUUGGGGGAUCCCUACCUGGGCUGGGCAACCUUUGUGGAAGAUGUGGUUGUCACCCACAAGACGCGGACUGGAUUGCCCGAAGAAACCUUCCCUAACUAUGACCUCUGGGAGAACCCAUUAACUCCUUGCAUGUGCAGAGCCUGACCUUGACGGUUAAUUCUUAAGAUUCUCUCUGUUGAGCAUCGGCUUCAGGAGCUUGAGCGCAAGCUCUAUGACAAUAUUUAUAAGUUGCUUGCACAAAUUAGUUAAUAUGAAUACAAUUUUGGGCCAUGAGUGAAGAUAUUGAAAAUUAUGUGGUCACUAGUACAGGUUGGUAGGAGAGGGAUUGGAUGCCACCAUUAUACUCUGGUGGUAUACACUUCCUUUGGAGGGACACUUACAGAUUUGUAUCCAUAAAAUUAGCUCCUUUUUGUAAUUUUUAUUUUAUUUUUUUACGUAUUAUUGAUUAAUGUAAAUUAAGAGUGAAUUAUGUAUUAUUCAACUAAUGAAAUUCGGUUCAAACAUGGUUGUGUUGCC